CAUGCACAGACACUAAACGGGGAAAUCUGCUGGAUUAUAACUUUUUAAUUUUAAUUGGUUGCUGUGUGAAGAUCAUCGUGAGAUCAGUGGUGAUAGCUGAGUAGAAGGAUGAGUCUAUCAGUGAGGUUACUCCUUCUCAUCCUGGGAGCCAUAUCAUGCAUCCAAGCUCAAGAUGGCUUUGAAUGGAGUACCUGGUUCAAUGUGGACCACCCUGGAGGACAGGGGGACUACGAGCAGCUGGAUGCGAUCCGUUUUUACUUCCCUGAACGCAUCUGCGACAGGCCCAAGGCCCUGGAGGCUCGCACCACCGACUGGAUUCCUGCUCGUAGUACGGGGGAGAGGGUCCACGCCGACCCAGCACUGGGCUUCUGGUGCACCAACACUGAGCAGCCUGCAGGACACAACUGCUCCAACUAUGCAGUCCGCUUCCUGUGUCCCAAAGGAGCCUCAGCUCAGGGUGGGUGGGGCCCCUGGUCAGAGUGGACUCCCUGCUCUGCCCAGUGUGGCCAGUUGGCUGUACAGGUGCGCUCCAGGAGCUGCAGUUUACUCACCCACCACAAGGAGCAGCAGUGCAUAGGAUCAACAAUGGAAAGCAGAACAUGCAAGGGGCUGCCCUGCCCAGUUCAGGGUGAGUGGGACCCUUGGUCAGAGUGGACUCCCUGCUCUGCCCAGUGUGACCAGGUGGCUCUACAGGUGCGCUCCAGGAAGUGCAGUUUAUACUCCCAACAAAGGGGGCAGCAGUGCAUCGGAUCAGCAACAGAAAAGAAGACAUGCAAGGGACCUCCCUGUCCAGUGUGUGUCCUGCAGUGUCCAAUGGGCCAGGUGAACGCAGAGUGUGACGCCUGCAUGUGCGAGGACCGUCUCUUACUGGGCUCGGUCCGAAGCGCCGGAGGGCUUCCUGCUCCUGGGGCCGCCCUCAUCCUGUCUGGCCCCACCCCCAAACUCCUCACCCUCGCCGACCACAAGGGCCACUUUCGCAUCCCUGGCCUCUGUCCUGAUGGCAACACCACCCUGACCAUCAAACUGAAGAAACACGCCCCCCUCACCGUGGCUCUUCCCCACAGCACCAAACACACCUCCGUCCUCCACGUGAGGCUCAACAGAGCAGAGAAACUGCAUGUGCUGACAAACCCCGAGCACAAGGUUCGGAGAGAGGGGCAGGCGGCCGCCUUCUGCUGCAAAGUGGGAGGCACUCCGGAACCUGACCAGUACCAGUGGUUUCACAACGGCAGCCUUUUGGACAGGAAGCAUCUGAAAUAUGGAAGCACAUUGGUGCUAAGGAACCUGGGCCAAGAACAGGCAGGGGAGUACUACUGCCGAGCAAGCGGUGAAGCUGGAGCCAUCAAGUCUAAACCAGCUGUGCUAACGGUCAUAGGUCACAAGACUCCUUCAUGCAACCCUAAACCUGAAUCCCACCUGAUCCGCCUGCCUAAUGACUGCUACCAGAAAGCCAGCAGCUCUUUAUACUAUGAUGUUGGGAAAUGCCCCAUGGGGGCAUGUGCAGGACAGCUGGACAAGGGAAUCCGCUGCCAGGACCCCAUAGCAUACUGCUGUGGGGUGGCAAAAAUGGAGAAGAGGCAGAUAUCCUGCCAGGGUUAUGAGCUGCCAACCAUGGUGAUCACGCAGUGCGGCUGCCAGAAGUGUGUGGAAACCAAGGCCACCGUUCGGGGACGGGCAGUGGCAGCAGACAAUGGGGAACCCAUGAGGUUCGGGCACAUCUUCAUGAAUGGGGUGCGAAUCGGCCGCACUGGAUACAAGGGAACUUUCUCCAUCCAGGUGCCUCCUGACACAGAGAGGCUGGUGUUGACCUUUGUGGAUCAAAUGCAUAAGUUUGUGAACACCACCAAGGUCCUGCCCUUCAACAAGAAAGGGGGAGCUGUGUAUCAUGAGGUAAAACUGCUAAGGAAGAAGGCACCAGUGACUUUGCGUUCUUCAGAGACUAACACACUCCACCUGGGGGAGGUCGGGGACCAAGAUCCGAUCGCUGAGAUUGAGAUCCCACCCAAUGCCUUCUACCGAGAGAACGGGGAGGAGUUUGUGGGUAACGUGAAAGCCAGCGUCACUUUUCUGGAUCCAAGAGAUGUUUCCACAGCAAAUGCUGCCCAGAGUGACCUCAAUUUCAUCGGUGAAGAAGGCGACAUGCUGCCUCUGAGGACCUACGGCAUGUUCUCAGUGGACUUCCGAGAUGAAGAGGCAGGCGAGCCUCUAAAUGCGGGUGAGGUCAAGGUGCUCCUGGAUUCAGCCCAGGUGAAAAUGCCUGAGCACCUGAGCACCAUGAAGCUGUGGUCCCUCAAUCCAGAGACGGGCAUUUGGGAGGAGGAGGGGGCUUUCAGGGCAGAGAAGAGGAGCAGGGGGAAGCGAGAAGAGAGGACCUUCCUCAUUGGGAACAUGGAGAUCAGGGAGAGGAGGCUGUUCAAUCUAGACGUCCCGGAGGACAGGAGAUGCUACAUGAAGGUGCGGGCCUUCCGUGGGGAUCGCUUCAUGUCCAGCGAGCAGGUGGAGGGAGUGGUCGUGAGCCUGAUCAACAUGGAGCCCUCAGCGGGAUACUCCUCCAACCCCAGAGCCUGGGGCCGAUUCGACAGCGUCAUCACAGGCCCCAACGGCGCCUGUCUGCCUGCUUUCUGUGACGAAGAGAAGGCGGAUGCUUACACGGCCUAUGUUAUGGCUAAUCUGGGUGGAGAGGAGCUUGAGGCAGUUGCAUCUUCCCCCCAGCUCAAACCUAGCAGCAUUGGGGUCCCCCAACCCUACCUGAGCAAGUUCAACUACAGACGGACAGACCACGAAGACUCUAAAGUGAAAAAGACAGCCUUUCAUGUAAAUUUACCCAAACCCAGCUCUAACGUGGCUGAGGAGGGCAAUGGCCCCUUAUACUCGUUCGACAACCUGAAGGAGUGUGAGGAGGCCCCUUUCAGUGCAGGGCACUUCCGUUUCUACAGGGUGGAAGGAGAUCGGUACGACUACAACACGGUGCCUUUCAAUGAAGAUGACCCCAUGAGCUGGACAGAGCACUACCUGAGCUGGUGGCCUAAGCCCAUGGAAUACAGGGCCUGCUACAUAAAGGUCAAGAUCAAAGGCCCGCAUGAGAUAAACGUGCGCUCAAGCAACAUGGGAGGCACCCACCCAAAAACUGUGGGCCAACUGUAUGGCAUCCGUGAUACCCGGAGUAUCCGUGACAUGGACCAGCCUAGCAUAUCAACAGUGUGCUUAGAGUUCAAGUGUGGCGGGAUGCUCUAUGAUCAGGACCGUGUCGACCGCACUUUGGUAAAAGUGAUUCCCCAGGGCAGCUGCAAGCGUGACAGUGUGGGGGCUAUGCUGCAGGAGUACCUGGUCAACCACCUGCCCCUGGCCGUCAACAACGACACCAGUGAAUUCACCAUGCUGGCACCACUUGACCCUCUGGGCCACAACUAUGGCAUCUACACCGUUACCGACCAGGACCCCCGCACAGCUAAGGAGAUUGCAUUGGGGCGCUGCUUUGACGGCACGUCUGACGGAACCUCACGGGUCAUGAAGAGCAACGACGGAGUGGCACUUACCUUUACCUGUGCCGAUCGAGAGGCAACCCGACAGAGCAUCUUCCAGACACUGCAGAACUCCCCGGGACAGUCUCUGGUCAGCGCCGUGAAGGAGGCCAAGCGCAACAGGAGGCAGAGGGGUGGCACAGCCGCCGUCCGCAGCAGCAGGGGACGCAGUUCGCGAAACCCUCUCCCCAAGCGCAGCUGAGCUGUGGACUCAAUCCCCUGCUUAAACACAGGUUAAGCACCCAAGCGAACUGCUCUCAAACCAACCCUUUAGGGCCAAGCCGAGCAGCACCACUCACACUAACAGGAAACACAAUACAGAAAUACAGUCAGUAUGGAAAGUAUUCAGUGCAAUUUUGGUGGAGAGUAAGCCAAGAUGUUUUUACACAGAACGGUGAAAGGUUAUGCUUUAUUCCUUCCAUUGUGUACUUUGAAAGAUAUCUGCUGCAAUGAUUUUCAUGGUUUUUUUUUUCUUCUACUUUUUUAUAUGUUGCAUUUUACAAUCAUUUAAAAUACAAAAUGACAUUAGAUCUUUUAAAAAUAGAUAACAAUGGUAAUACUCAAA